UUGGUCACUUUCCUUGAGCGCAGGACUCGAGAGAUGGCAGCAGUUUCGCGGCUGACUGGCUUUGAGGAGUUUGAGAGAAUGACCGGCUUUCUUCACGAGAGUUUACUGCACCCCUUCAUCGGUAUCAUGCCUAUUCCUUUUCCGAUUUAACCCUGUUUACCAGUCUAGCUACUGCGCAGCUCUCGGGCUCGUAUUCCAGAGUGGACACUAAGCUCUCUCUGAGGCACCUGAGGAAUUCGCGAGCGAGCCAGAAGCGCCCAGCCUCGUGAGUUGCGUGCGCACUCGCGCGCCUCCUUGUUCCAUCGGUUUUCAGCGCGAAUUAAUCAAUUUGAUGCCGAUGCAGGAGCGUGAAGGACGAGAGUGCGGCGUCCCCGACUUCAGGCGGGUUGUGAUCAUCUCGGUGCAAAGCCCCUAUGAUCAUGCUUGCCUAUAACGAUCAGAUGACACUAACACGUGCUGUCAUAUUGCGCUGGCUCAGUUCCAAAAUUAAUACCAGAUUACACUUUGCCUGGGUUGAAGUGACUUGUUAAUAAGAAAAGCAGACAGAGAGUUUAUUUGCUUUUCUCCGCUGCCAGUUCCUCACGACUUCCGCCAACAAUGAGAUUAAAAGGAGUAUGUUUCAUAUUUAUUUUGGGGGCUUUAACGGCUUACUACAUUUAUACACCUGUACCGGAGGAUAUUGAAGAGCGAUGGAAGCUUAUGAUCACUGACUGUUUCUUCAGGAGCCUCAGCCACCUGGCAGACUUCAGUGAGCUGCUCGGGCUGAGGGACUACAUGGGGGUGAUGAUGUUCAUCACCUUCGCCGAGGCCGUGGUGCCGGUGUCGGACGAGCGUGUGCGGGUCACGGAGGAGCAUUUUGACGGUGUGGAGGUGGUGCUGUACCAGCCCGCUCAGCAGGACGACAGCACAGAGCUGAGGAGAGCCGUCGUCUUCAUCCACGGAGGAGGAUGGUGCCUGGGCAGCUCCAGAAUGAGCCCCUACGAUCUUCUUGCUCGUCAGAUGGUCACAGAGCUCAAUGCAGUUGUUGUGUCAGUGGAAUACCGCUUGGCCCCAGCUCACCAUUUCCCGGUGCCGUUCGAGGACGUGUACCGUGUGGUGACGCACUUCCUGCGAGCCAAAGUUCUGGCCCAGUAUCAGGUGGACCCGGGCAGGAUCGCCGUCUCUGGAGACAGUGCUGGAGGAAACCUGGCCGCCGCUGUAGCCCAGCAGCUCCAGCAGGACCCAGAGCAGCAGGUGGUGCUUAAAGCCCAAGUUCUGCUCUACCCAGCGGUGCAGGCCCUGGACCUCAACACGCCGUCCUACCGCCAGAAUCAGCACAUGCCCAUUCUGCCACGCACACUCAUGGUGCGUUUCUGGAGCGAGUACUUCAGCAGCGACAAGUCCCUGUACCGCGCCAUGCUCGCCAACGCGCACAACGGGCCCGAGUCCGCCUCCCUGCUCAAGUUUGUGGACUGGGGCGCCUUCCUGCCGGAGCGCUUCCGCGGAGGCUACAACUACACGGCACCUCUGGUGGUCUCCACGGCGACCCCGGCGUCAGCAGACAGCCCGCUCCGGAGCUUGGGCGAUCCGCGGGCGUCACCGCUGCUGGUCCCGGACGCUGCUCUGCGGGGCCUGCCCUGCGCCUACGUGCUGACGUGCGAGUACGACGUGCUGCGCGACGACGGCGUAAUGUACGCCAUGCGCCUGAGGCAGGCCGGCGUCAACGUCACGCACGAAUACUACCCGUCCGGUUUCCACGGCGCCCUCAUGUUCACCACGUGGCCGGCGGACUUCGCCAUCGCCCACCGUAUGACGGACAACCUCAUUCGCUGGCUGCAACACAACCUCUGAACCUGUAUACCUGUACAUGCCACCACAAACACAAACAACACAACAACACAACAACACAAACAUAUAACACAAACAUCAAAAGAAAGUAAAUAAUAUUUUCACUCCUUGCUAAUCUUUUGUCCCAUUCACGUAAGUAGGAUUUGGCUUUCGCUUCGGCAUCAACUUUACUUACAGUUAUAUAGAUAUCGCUUUUGUUGUACAUCCUGCCAGAGAAAAUUAUUUUAGAGGUUAUUUUAAUUUUAUUUCCUUUCUAAACCAAAUGAAUAGGCCUAGUUCACUUCACAGUGCUGCACUUUGCUUGUCAUCCACUGAGAGCUCCUAAGACAUUUCUAGAUACCAGUGACAAAGAGAUAUCCACUUCUUUGUGUACUCAAGGGAUGCUGCUUUGGGCAAAAACAACCGUGAAAGGAUACUCUCUCGAUAUUCUUUGUUUACAGACUCUCUUACAGUCGUCAAUAACAUGUCAGUAGAUGAUUACUGUUGUUUGUCUCCAUCGUGCUUUGGUUUUGUGCUUGGAUUGGCCUUUUUUUAUCUGACCACCAGGGGAAAAGUCAGCUUUACCCGUUUUAAGCUUAAUUUCUCUCAUUUAAAAAAAAUAUUAAACAAGGGUGAUAUUCCUGGGACCAGAAAACUAUUUUUUUCUUAUUUUGUUUGCGUCUCCUCGGGGAUUUAGCAACUUAACUGCAGGGGUUACACCUCAUGUGAUUUUGGCUUACUUUACCUCAUACAUAUUACUUUCUCUCUCUCUCUCUCUCUCUCUCUUUCUCUCUCUCUCUUUUUCUUUCCCUCUUUCUCUCUUUCUCUCUCUCUUUCUCUUUCUUAAUCUCUCACUGCUUCACUCUUACUUACAUUCUCUUUACCUUUCUCUCACAUUACCACAACCCUCAAGGCUUCUUCCAUAUUCCAUGUCCUCUUUGUUAUUUUCUUCUCUCCAUCCAUCCAUCUAUCUAUCUUUCUAUGCAUUUCCCUUUCUCUUUCCUUCACUAUAAAACACAUAAUGCCUCAGUUCAGUUUAUAUGGCAGGCCACAGAAACACCUUAGGAUGGCCUUACAUUGUCCUCUGACUGUGAGGUCACAACCUCACCACGGCAACCGUGCUAUCAGUGGACACUACCAAGGAAUGUCAACCUCUCUUUGUGUUCCUCUCGUCUAGAACGACACAUUGGAAACGGCGUUUCGCCAUCUCUGUAUUUGCUCAUUUGCUAAAUAAUGUUGUCAUUGUCCUCCCUGUUAUAAGCAGUUUUACAGUAGAUAGUUUAGUGCACACGUGCUUUAGUGUACAUAUUUGUACUUUUUGUUCUUCAGGCGUUAGAGAUGUGUUUAUUUUAGUGUUUUCAUUUUUCUCUUUACACUUGGCUCUUCCACCAGCUCCAAAAAUGCAAGUGGAUUGUUUUAUUCUUUGUUUCUCACAGGCAAAUAUGGUACGGUUUAAUGAUUCAUUUGCUAACAAUAAAGUGAUCCAAAUGGU